AUGGCGGCGGCUGCGGGGAGGCGGGAAGCGGCCCGCAGCCCGGGGCUGGCGCUGCGGGGCGCCGCCGGGCUCUGCGCGCUGCUGGCCGGCGUGGCGUCCGCCCGGGAGCCGGGGCCCGACGGGGUGCAGGUGCUGGGGGUCAGCCUGGACAGCAGUAACCGCAGCAGCGCCUACAUGUGGGCGGGGGAGAUCCGCGCGCGACCCGGGGCCGACUUUCUCCUCAGGGUGUUCGGCCUCGGGCUGGCGGCGGCCCCGUGGCCCUGGCUCGCCUGGAGCCGGGGCCUGGCGUGCGGCGACAACGAUACCAUCCUGGGGGGAGCAACGGGGGGGGAGCCGCCGCUGAGGCUGGAGCGGCCGCGGGAGAGCGGGGAGCACUGGGCGCUGGUGGCCGUCCGGGUGGCGCCGACUCUCGGCGGCAGCUUCUACCUGUGCGGCCGGUCUGACGCCAGCGGCUGGGCCUCUCCGUCGGGCGGCGACACCCGCCUCGUCCUCCUGGAGGCGGGGGAGGAGGAGGAGGAGGAGGAGCCUGACGAGGUCCCGGCGCCGCCGGCCUGGGCUCCGCUCUGGGCUCAGCUCGCGCUGAUGGCGGCGCUGCUCGGCGCGUCGUGCGUCAUGACGUUGCUGCGACGCGGCGCGCUCUGGCUCGAGCCCCUGGAGCUGCGGCUGGUGCGCACGCGCGGCGGCUCGGAGCGGGAGCGGCGGCGGGCGGCCGCGCUGGAGUCGCUGCGCGCGCGCGGCGGGGUCGGGGGCGGGGGCGGGGCGGGCGGCGUCGUCGGCGUCGGCUGCGGCGGCGGCAACCUGGUGCUGUGCGCGCUGCUGCUGGGCAGCGUGCUGACGAACGCGGCGCUGUGCGCGGUGACGCAGGCGGCGUGCGGCGCGCCGGCCGCCGGCGCCCUGGCCUGCGCCGCGCUGGUCUGGCCGCUGGGGGAGCUGCUGCCGCGCGGCCUGUGCUGCCGCUACGGCUUCGCGCUGGCCUCCUCGGCCGCCGGCCUGUGGCUGACCCGCCUGCUGGUGGCGCUGGCCUCGCCGCUGGCCCUGCCCGCCGCCCUGGCCCUCGACCUGGGCCUGCGCCAGGACCUCAGCGCCUGCUUCAUCCGCCGGCGGAUCCUGGAGCAGCUGCUGCGCCGGAGCCCCGGGGGCGGGGGCGGCGGCGGGGAGGGCCUGGGGCCCCGCCGGCUGGGCCCGGGCAGCGCCAAGGCGGCCGAGGACGUCAUGACGCCGCUGGCGGACUGCGUCAUGCUGAGCUCGGAGGCGGUGCUGGACUUCGUGACGCUGUCGCGGGUCCUGCAGAGCGGCCACGCCCGCAUCCCGGUGUUCGAGGGCGCCGAGCCCUCGCACACGGUCGACGUGGUCCACGCCCGCGACCUGGCCCGGGUGGACCCCGAGGACCGGGCCCCGCUCAGCGCCAUCACCCGCUUCUACGGGCGGCCGCUGCACUUCGUCUUCAACGACACGCGGCUGGACGCGGUGCUGGAGGAGUUCCGGCGAGGCAAGUCCCGCAUGGCGAUGGUGCAGAGAGUGAACAACGAGGGCGACGGAGACCCUUUCUACGAGGUGUUGGGUUUGGUGACGCUGGGCGAUGUCAUAGAGGAGAUCAUCAAGUCGGAGAUCCUCGAGGAGUCAGACACCUGUAAGUCCCCCCAGCGUCGCGGAAAGCACAGGAAAGAGGACCUCACGCACUUCAAGAUCUCCGACAACGACGCAAAAAUCAAGAUCUCCCCACAGCUUCUCUUGGCCACUCAGCGCUUCUUAUCAAAAGAGGUGGAGCUGUUCAGCCCGGCCCGGGUGUCGGAGCGGGUUCUCCUGCAGCUCCUGCGGAUGCCCAGCGUGACCCAGGAGGUCAGGUUCGAUGAGAACGACAAGUGGGCUCCGCAGCACUACCUGUACCAGCGCAAUCAACACGUCAACUACUUCAUCCUGGUGCUACAGGGCCGUGUGGAGGUGGAGAUUGGAAAGGAGGGACUGAAGUUUGAAAACGGAGCCUUCACUUACUACGGUGUCUCAGCUCUGGCUGCUCCCUCCUCGGUUCCUUCGUCGCCGGCCGCUAACAGGAAGUGGAGCUGCCGUGAUCCGUUUCCCAGGGAGCAGGCGGGGAGCGGGGAACCCAUCACCUACUGCCCCGACUACACCGUCAGGGCUCUCAGCGAGCUGCAGAUCGUCAAGGUCACCCAGAUGCAGUAUUUGAACGCGAUUAUGGCCUCGAGGACACACGGCUCAUCCCCAUCGCCCGACACCUUUGAGCUCAAGGUGAUGCCGUGCAGCCGGACCACGAGACUGAGCGAUCAGAACGCCUCACAGGCUGCUGCCCCAAACUGACCUGAACGACGGGAAACCAAAAGCCUCGAUUUUUAAAACGUCUGUUGUUGCUGAGAGCUGUGACGGAGACCGUUACUGAGCUGAAACGGUGGUGAGACCAAGUGGGAGCUCAAUCCCCACGUUUACCCUCGGAGCAGAUCCGCACCCCCUCCUCCCCUCCCCCUCCCCAUAGCCCCCGCUCCCCCCGUCUCUCUGCCACCAACGUCAACUAAUCCCCGUGGAAAACAAGUGUCUGCGGAGUGCGGGCUGUGGGGAACAGGAGUUUCCGGAAGGGCAAACAUUUCCCUUAUUUUUCUAGUUAGGAAGACUGGAGAUGAUAAUAAUAUUAUUAAUAAUAAUAAUAAUCCUUGCAUU